UUUGUUAACACUAUUUAUUUAUUUUUUGGCGGUUGACGAUCGAUUGCCGGCUUCGCCGGCUUUUACUCGUUUUUGUGUUUUUCGGGGAAGAACUGCAGCCCAUAAAGUUUGUAAAUGCAAAAACAGCGACAGAAAAUGAGCACAUCCAAAUAUCCUGGUAGAAACCCAAUGAAACAGACGGGGAAUAAAAAUGUAGGCUAUCGUGUUGAUAUUCUUCAAUGGAGCGAGAAGAUGGACCUGCUGGCUAUUGGAAAUGACAAAGGCGAAGUAAUCUUGCACCGAUUGAAAUGGCAAAAGGUUUGGCAGUUAUCCCCUCCGGAAGAAGGGCUGCGUGUUCGUGGAAUAGCUUGGAGACCAUUGGAUAAAGUGAUGGCCAUCGCUUAUAGUAAUGGUACAAUUAUUCUAAUUAACAUUGAAAAUAAAGAAGAAAUUUAUAAUUUCAAUAUAAAAUCGGAUAUCAGUUGCAUGAGUUUGACGGAGAACGACAAAGAGAUACCGGUUAAUGAUACUAGUGGCGAUGCUAUUAAUAACUACACAACCUUUUUGCCAUCGCUACCAAGUCUGAACUCACUCACAUCGACGACGAAGUCCUGCGAAUACAACACUCUGAAAUUCUACUCGAGGCAAAUUUUGAAUCUUCUGAUUAUAGGAACUACUAAUGGGCACGUAAAUUUGUCCGUAUUUGGAUUGCUAUCCUGCUGUGAUCUGGAUCUAUUUCAAACUCUCAAUAUUCGCCCGGACGAAGGCGUGAUCAAAGAAGCAAAAAUGAGUUCGAACUUCAAACAACUCUGCGUAGUCAUUCAACGCGAUGGAGCUACACUGGAGUUGAUCGUGUUUGAAAACGACAUUUUGCAGCGCUACUCAACCUCACUGCUAAAUCUGGCCAUCAAACAUGCGCAUAUUCUGGGAACCAUGACGUACAUCAGUGACGCAAUUGAGUGCAUCAUCGAAGCGUGGGAAACCGUUUUGUUGGAGAUGGACAACAAACUGACAAAGUACGCCAACAGUCAAUCCGAGGGAUCAAUUUCAGCAGAUUUUCUAGAGUUGCUCAUGUUCGGAAGUACUUCUCCGGCUUUGGAACAAUUUUUGCUGAGAGACUUGACGGAGAAAGGGUUGAAAAAGCUGGGAAACAGCAUUGAGUUGAGUUACUCAACGAUACAAAAGUUGGUUGUUAAACCGCUUCACACAGCCAUCAGUAGCGUGUUUUAUCACCUGAAUUCUCUACAAGGCAUGAUAAGUAACGUAUACUACUACGAACCCUUGCUGGGAGAUGUAACAAACGAGGCGUUGAUCAACUGCGGAUCAUUUCUGAUCAAAGCAUACGAACUGCAGCAGACGAUCGACACAUCGACAAGAGAUUUCAAGAUAUUUUUCCGGUGGCUGUACAUUGUAAUUGUUCGUUUGAUGGAUGAAACCCUGGCUGAGGACAGUUCCUCGGUGUCGCAGCAGGAGAUUAAUUACUUGGCGGAAUUUCUCAACAAUUUUGAUGCGAACUAUCACGAAUCUAUGGAAGAAAGUGAAACGGGUUCAGAAAUUAAAAAACGCAAGUUUAAUCUGGAACGCGUUGGACAGUAUCUGGAAGAUAAGCCGCUGGUGUUUCCUCCCAAGGUGGAUGCUUCCAAUCAGUGGACCAAAAUCUUAGAAGAUAACGAAUGCCUUAAAACUUGUCCACUCAUUUUCCCUCACAACGAAAACAGCUCCCUUGUCCAGCAGCAUAAUCAGCUGAAAAGUAGCAUUGAACGGAUUUUUAAGAAACCGAUUACCAUAAUCGGUCAAGAUUUUAGACAGAAAAGCGUCCUCUCGCUAAGAACUAGCGAACUAUCCGAAGAUUUCCAGCAAACUGUAACCCAGAUAAAUAUCAAAGAUGGCAACGUAUCACUUUUUGCCAUUUUAGAUUCCGAAAACAGCCUCAUUAUAACGGAAAUCAAUCCCUCCUCGAUGCACCGUACCUUACGGUUAAGUUUCUUGGAAAAGCCUUACUUCGAUGCCCGACUUUCGGCCAUAGGUGAUUUAACGUUCAAGCACAUUCAGUUCUACAAUGUAAAAACCCUCUCACUGUUGCUGCGGGCCAGAACCAGUGAGGGUCGCAUCAACAGUUACUUCCUGCAACUUCCGUUGGACCGAAUAUGGGGAUUACUGGAAUCGGUUCCGUACGUGAACAGUCAAACAAUUUCCGAUCUGAACGCGGGUGAAAGCUGCUGUCGAGUGGCGAAUGCAUACUCAUUGAUCGAGGAAGGCUCACUGAAGCUACUGGAGGGCAUGGAUGCGGGGAAGAUUGCCGUUUCCGGCUCGAGGAAUAUGACCGGUGUGGUGUCCGAAUCCCAACGCACUAUAAGAAUAUAUGAUAUGGACCCCCAGGAAGAGGAGGAUGAUUUGUUGGAUACAUCGCGAGACAAUAGUAGCUUUGAUAACAGCAAAGAAUCCAUACAAUCUUGAAUUUGUUUAUAAUAAAAAAAAACUUGAUUUAAGCUAGAAAAAAAAAACCUGUUAGGGGGGAUGGGAGCAUUUAUCUUGCUCCGUACCACUUUAUGAUGUUUAUUCCAUUUUCAUUCUAAACAAUAGCAUACUGGUCGUACAAUAA